CCCUCGCCAUGUAGUGAGAUGUAUCAUGUAGUCAUGGUAACGCAGGCCGCGUAGAGGAACCAGAGUUAGAAGUUCUGUCACACGUCACACUGAGACAGUCGCAGGAAAGUAGCUCGGACUGAAAGACUUCUAUAAGUAUCUCACGAAGGAAAUUAUGAAAUCGAAUCACCUUUUACUUACUGGUUUUGCAGGAUUGACUGCAAUCCUUUGUGCACAAUGUACCGUUUCGAGUUUUUACCAGGAGGUACAGGCAGGUGUUGACGCAGCAAUGGUUUUCGACUACGUACAGACGACGUCAGUCCCUCAAUGUGCCAUCAACUGCAACGGCGUCGCCAACUGCACCGGUUUCAUCUACUGCAACAUCGACAACAGAUGCUCCAUUUUGACAUCGGAUCAGCCUUCCGUUCCCGUCAGCGUCCCCUACCCGACCUGCAAGGCAUUCUUAGAGGUCACGACCUCCAGUCAGACCUCGUCAUCAUGCCAGAAUGGUGGAAGCUUUCUUGGUGCUGCCUGUCAGUGUCCACCUGCCUUCACAGGAGAGAACUGUGAGACCAGGAUAGAAGACUGUACAGACGUUUCCCUGUACGUUGGUAAUUCUACUGGAACCUACACUGUCUGGCCGACUAACUCCCCACAACCGUUUGACAUGGAUUGUCAUGGCGUCACUACCAUGAUCAUGUUCAGGGACAAAACCAUCAGUGGCUGUGAUGCUGCGCCCGUGACGUACCUCAACGUUCCCUGGGCCGACUACAAGUCUGGUUUCACCCACUCGAACUGUUACAUGUGGCUGGGUCUGGAGAAGAUGUAUGCUCUGACCAGCGUCAGACCUUACACGCUGAACAUAUCGUUGAAGAAAUUUGAUAGCACUGCCGGAAAGGUAUCUUACAACACCUUCUCCGUAGGUGACGAGGCCUCGGAGUAUCGGCUGUCGGUGUCGGGGUUCACUGGGGAUGGCGUUUUCGGAGACCGCUUCUACCUGGGGUACCCAGCUAGAACCCUGGAUGGGAGUCACUUCUGUGCCAAGGAUCACUGCAAGAACUCAGUCAACCCAUGUGCCAAGUGGCAUGGUGGACCCUGGUGGAACAGGUUGGAUUUCUGCCGGGCGAGUCCUCACCACAUAUAUGACAUUUACUGGUCUCUUGACGAUGGUACCAAACACGAAUGUAAAAGCAUCUAUAUGUUCAUAGUUCCUGCCUAAUACUCAAACUCCCUAAAAAUGUCAGUAGGCAUAAACAAUUUGCACGGUACUUGCACAUAACGUUCACGACACAUGCGAGAUACAUGCACGGUACUU